CGUAACUCUGCACUCUAAUUGGUGCACUCCUUACCUUAAUGCUGCGUAGUAUGAGGUGUCAUUAUGUCUUUGUUCACUUACGUAUCAGUUAAGGGGGGGAAGGAGUCAGGGGAUCUUCCUAAUGCUUAAACCGGACAACAGCAGAGACUUCACCAUGAUGACUGACAUCAGCAGAAGGAACCUUGAGGUUGGCUUGACACAGACAGGAUGCUGCUCCACAUUGUAACUGUGGCCGUCUAUCUUCUCCUGACCUCAUCAAGAGCUCAGAGAACCGCCCGGUCCUGUGUUUUUUCACAGCUCCAACCAUCCGGGCUGAGGGUCAACUGCAGCUCUUUGAGCCUGAUGGAGCUUCCUCGUCUGCCUCCAGAAACCACAGAACUGUAUGUGCAGCACAACCAGCUCACCUCGGUGGCUGCGGGCCACUUUGACCGGCUGGUUGAGCUAAAUAAGGUGUCCCUGUCUCCAAACCCGUUCCGCUGUGACUGCAGCAUCCAGUACCUGAGGGACUGGCUGCUGAAGAACAGGGCCGUCGUCUCCGAGGAGCCUCUAUGUUCCGGCCCAGGCUCUGUAGCUCAGAAAUCCAUCCUUUCCCUGUGCGACUCCUACUUCUCCUACUGCACCUUUCCACGCCUGCGUCACAUGACCGCCUCGGGCUGCGUUUACGUCUCUUACAACGCCGCUGCCGCAGUGAUGCUCGGCUGCAUCGUCCUCCUGCUUUUGUGGAGUUUGAAGCUCGCCAGGAGAUCUACUUUCACCCUGGACGUGGAAGAGAGGCAUUCGGGAUUCGAGGCGGACUCCCUGCGCUCUCUGAAGCCCAAAAACCGGAGGAGGCUGCACGCGGACCAGGUGGGGUUCAGUGCCGACUCUGACUCUCUCGUUUUGCCAGAGGACUUGGAAAGGCCCCUCAUGAACAUGGAGUUACUCAAUGGAGUGCUGGAAACGUUACAUAAGAAGCACAACAUAAAGAUAAAGGCCACUUAGUGGACUGUUAAAAACAAGUAAUUAGUGGGAAGUGAGGAUGUGAGCAGUAACAAAGACGCUAAAUGGAUUUUUAGGAUUAUAAACUGUAGCUAUCGGUUUACCAAAAAGUCCACCUAUAUGUGUUUAUUUGAAUUUAUUUUUACAUUUUACAAUCUAGCCUGACUGAUGUAACUGAAGAACCAAGCAAACUGAAAACGUCUUUAACGCCAAGCUACAUAAAAUUCCUUUUUAAAUUGGUAAUUGUGAAUUGAACUUUUGAACUCAGUCUGCAGGUAAACGGGGUGAAUGUUGACAGAGUGUAUGAGAAUAAAUCUCUUGGUGUGAUUAUUAGAGAUAAACUCAACUGGAAACCUCACGUUGUUCAACAUAAACUGUCAAAAAUCAUUCGGUAUUAAGCAACGCUGAGCAUGUUCUAGAUCACAAAGUUCUCCGCAUUCUGUACUGUUCCUUAGUUUAUACCCUACUUAGGUUAUUGUGCUGAAAUUUAGGGUAAAAAUUAGAAAACGAUAUGGCUAAGAAGCAAAUGACAAAAAAGAGAAGUUAGAAUAAUUGGGAAGGCUGAAUGUCUGGAUCAUACAAACCCCUUAUUUAUUAAAUCAAGUUUAAACAAAUUCACUGCCAUUGUUCUUCUAGCAACAACUUAAAGCCAAUAACAGCAACCUGCCACAUCACAUUUAAAGAAUGCCCAAGUAACAGGAAGGGGUGUCGAUUUGCAACCCAAAAAACAAUCAGAACCACCAGGAAGACUUUCUGUAUUUCAUG